AUGCCUGGCUUCAAUCUGGCCAAGUGGUUUAUCGAGGGGGAGGUGGACUGGGACUAUUACAAUGAGCAGCUGCGGCAGUGGGGCCCCGUGGCCGCCGGCGCGCUCUUUGGCGCAGGGUGGUGGUGCUGGGCGGAUGCGCUUGUGUACCAGCAGGCGGUGGUGGGGGAGCCCUCCCCUUUCAAGUACAACUGGCCGGGCAUAGUCGCCACCAUCGCGCUGGUCUGCAUCAACAUGCUGCCGCGGCGCGACCUGGCUGAAGCGGGGGAGGCGUGGGAGGAGGGCGGAGAGUUCCGCGCCCGCCUCUGGCUCUUCCUCUCCUUCCUGGUGGCGGCGGGGGCGGUGGCGGGCAGCGUGGCGGUGCUGCUGGCAGCCACUUCGGCCACACAGACAAAGGACCUGUCGGCGGUGGGGGUGGGCUCCGUGCUGCAGUGCGGCCUCAUCCUGGCGGCCUCCACCCUGCUGUGGGCCUUCCGAUCGGGGGAGGGGGACAGCUCCGGAUACAUGAUGCACUGA